AUGAAAAAACGUGAAAGCACAACAAAUCCAACGAAUAAGAGGAAAAAAUCAAAAGCAAAUGAAGAUGACGAUGAAAACCUCGUCAUAUUUAAUAAUUUCAUCGAAAAGAUUCCUCGGGAAAUCUUGAUUCAUAUUUUGCAAUUUGUUCCGAAGGAGACGAGAGUUUGCAAUUUGGUUCAUGUUUCGAAAAUGUUUCAUGAAGUAAUGGUUGAUCCGGAGAGUGAGUGUUUUAAUGAUGUGAUUGUCAGGUAUCCAUUGAAACGUGCCAUUCCGAAUAUGUCCUUGGUGAGGAGUUUGAAAUUUGCGAGGGAGUUUGUUCCUGAUGAAGAGGAAGAUGAUGAAAAUUUGAGUAAAUUGAAUAGAGUGGAAAGAUUGAGGAUUCCGCUUAUGGAUGAUUAUUACUUUUUGCCAUUUAUUGAAAAGUAUUUCAAAAAGCUCAAGUACUUGUAUUAUGGAUAUGUGUUUUCUGACCAAGUUUGGAAGAUUGUGAAAAAGAUACCGAGCUUGGAGGUGUUGAGAGUGUUUGAUUUUGCAGAUUUAGAAUGUGGAUGUGAAGAAAAGUUGGCAUUGACUGAGUUGGAAGUAAUUGAGAAUUUCUCUUAUGCCACUUAUGGAUAUUCUGAGAAUGGACCACUAAAUGUCUAUGGAUCGUUGGAUGUUAUUUUCAGUUGUAGUCCUAAUUUUGGUAGGAUAAUGUUCCAUCCAGAUGCUUUCUGUGUGAAUAUUAGUCAAAUAUACAAGAUUGUGACAAGAUAUUCCAAACAAUUAAAAUCAGUGACUAUUUCUGUUAUGGAGAAUUCAGAAGAGGAAGAGAAUGCUGAUCAAUAUAUUGUUCAGAAAGUGGAAUUUGACUGCUCAUUCCUUAAAUUGAAAGCCGACAAGGCAAUGGCAAUAGUUCUGAAAUAUUUAUUCCCAAAUUGCAAGAUUACUAAAUUGUCGUAUCCAUAUGGAAAGGCAAUCACCACUUCUCUAUUGAAAAGUAGAAGAAUUUUGAAGAAUAAUAGUGAUUUGAAGGAAUUGGAUGUGUUACUUACCAAUUCUUUAAGAACGCCUCAUGAAACUAAAGAAGAGGAAGAGGAAUUUGAUGAAGAAAUCAAUGUUGGACAAACACAAGAAGAUAACACAAGUGAUGAAGACGAGGAAGACGAAGAAGACGAAGAAGAAGAGAACGAGGAAUAA